UCAACGCCACUUCCAAUACGACAGAGACCGUGGCCGUCAGCGAAGACGAUGUCAUUAUCUAUCAUAUUCAAACGCUCCAGGGAAGUCUGAUGUUAGCUGGACUGAUCCAUUUUGUAGUUGGUGCCACCGGAUUGGUUGGAAUCUUAUUACGCUUUAUUGGUCCGGUUACCAUAGUCCCCACGAUUCUGUUGAUAGGGAUCUACAUGGUUUCCGCGGUAACAAAGUUUGCACAAGUUCACUGGGGAAUCACCACCAUGACAUGCACAAUAGCCAUCGUCUUGUCCCUCUACCUCUCUAAAUACAACUUGCCAAUCCCUGUGUGGACAAGGAAGAAAUCUUGUCACGUGAUCAAAUAUCCAUUUCAUCAAGUGUUUGCCAUUUUAAUCGCUAUCGUGAUUGGAUGGGUUGUUAGUAUCAUCAUGACAGAAAGCGGUGUGUUUGAUAGUGCUACAUCCGUCAAGGACAGACUCUAUUACGCCAGGACUGACGCCAGAAGUUACGUCAUUACUAAUGCUAAGUGGUUCCAAUUUCCGUAUCCAGGGCAGUUCGGCAUGAUCCGAUUCAGCAUCAGCGCCUUUGUAGGUUUCUUCAUCGCCACCAUUGUUUCUAUACUGGAUUCUAUUGGAGACUAUUACGCAUGCGCCACCACAUGCCGGGUCCCGCCUCCUCCAUCACACGCCGUUAAUCGCGGGAUAGCUGUGGAGGGACUUUGUACCGCACUUUCAGGGGCUGUUGGCUGUGGUCAUGGUACCACAACAUAUGGAGGAAACAUUGGCGCUAUAAGCUUGACAAAGGUCGCCAGUCGCCACGUAUUUGUAUGUCUUUCUUUGGUUUAUAUUCUCUUUGGAAUUAUCGGAAAACUUUCUGCUGUAUUCAUCACGAUUCCCCAUCCUGUGCUUGCUGGAGCUCUAAUCAUUAUGAUUGGUAUGUUUAAUGGAGUAGUCUUGUCCAACCUUCAAUCGGUAGAUCUGUCUUCCACUCGUAACUCUGCCAUCAUCGGAACCUCUCUUUUAGUGGGAUUAAUUAUGCCACAUUGGAUUGAAAGGUACCCUAACACCGUAAACACAGGGAAUCCAGAAGCAGAUGACAUCCUAAAGAUGUUACUUGGCAACCCAAACAUGGUGGGUGCCAUUCUCUCCUGUUUCCUUGACAAUACUGUACCAGGUACCCCAGAAGAGAGGGGUAUUGCAGCCUGGCAGACGACUGAUAAGGACACAGUCACCUCCGGAAAAUAUCAAGAGGGAUUCGAAAUUUAUAAACCAUGGCAACCUUCACGGAUGGCAAACUCCAGAAUAAUGAAAUAUAUCCCUUUUAUGCCUAAUCCCGAAAAACCGGAAUUUGAACGCCAUUUGUCAGAGGAAUUGGGAAGAAGAAAGAGUUUAGUACAUACUAUCCCUAUGGGACAUUAACUUCCACAUACUAUCCCUAUGGGACGAUGGCUUGUACAUACUAUCCCUAUAAUGCAGUAACUUGUCUAUA